UGCACUGGAUGAUUCAGCAGCAGCUCGCGGCGCGCGGACACGACUCACGCCGGGCUUCAAACCGGCCUAAAACCGAGCUAAACCGGGCUAAAGCGGGCCGUACCGGGGAGGUCACGGCGUGUACGGAGAGGGGACACGUGUGGCUCACUGCACCACUCCACAAACUCCAUAAAAAACGCAAAAUAUUGAGUUUUUCAGCGCUAAACCGGACUGAACGGCGACAAACCGCAACGAGAGCAGCGCCGAAGGGAGCCGAAGAUAGCCGAAGUUUCCCGAGCGCCUCCGGUCUCCGCUGCGGACCUUCAGGCUGGAUUUUACAUCUUUUUACUCUCGGGGAUUAAAUUUUCACUCCAUAAACACCUGGAGACGGACAGGAAGUGAAUCAUAGUCAAACAAAUCUCUAUAAACAUGGAUGUGGACCGUCGUAUGUCCGUGUUUGGUGUCGGAUGCUGCUGCUGCUGCUAACACUUGGCAGAUUCUCUCCAUCGCGGCCUCCAUGUUGAGGAGGGCGGGGCCUGAUGUCUGCCCCGCCUCCCGUCGCCAUGCCGACCGCCGUCAUGACGACCGCUCCGGUGUCUAGGCUGCCCAAGUUCACCGCAUCCCCGUCGCGGCUCACGAAACCGGGGCUGACCCCCAAGAACUCCUCCGGUAACCCCCCCGCGACCGCCGCCAACGCCGACAUGGGCCAGGCCGCGUCCGUAAACGGCGGUCACUCGACGACGACGACGAACCGCCUCAGCAACGGAUUCUACCACAACCUGCUCGCAAAACCCAACCCGAUCAACGCCAACGCCAGACAGAACGGCUUCAUACGAGCGCCGACCAACUUCUCCGCGAAAUGGAGGAAGGAAAACGUGGAAGACGCGACCGCCGACUUCGAAUACAAGCCCGGGAAGAACGGCAACUGUAAGAAAUCGCCGAAUGGUUUCACCGGAAAGACUCGAGUUUUGAAUCCCAACGCUGUUUCAACCCCGAAAGUUAUUCCCAAAUCAGGAAUCGCAAAAGUGACGCAGAAAUCGACGCUGAAUUGUUUGGCGAAAAAGCAAAACAGCGGAAGUUUAACGAAAUCGCAAAGCGCGUCGCCGUUGGGAGUGAAGAAACCGGUGGCGGAGAGGUCCCAUUCCAGCGACAGCAUCGGAGCGGCGCAAAACGGGAAGCUGACGACGAGGGAUAAAGUCCGAUCGAGGAGUUUGACGCAGGUGCAGAGGCAGUCGUCGCCCACCGCUGCCAGUCCGGCGGGGAAAAGCAGAGCGUACUCCACCAACAGGGCGGAGAGGAAAACGGGAAGCGCGGCGGCGGCGGCGGCGGCGUCCGUUUUGCCGGCGGCGAUGGUGAAGAAGCCGCUGGUGCCGAGACAAAACGGAGGAGGGACUUUCAAAAUAAGAGCGGCGGUUUUCAAAGAGGCCGGACCGAUCAGAGUCCAGAACGAAUCCAAACGGAACCAGAGGAGGGAUUCUGUCGAGACGCCGUCGGAUCCAGGCAGUUCUCCGGAGGCUCCAGACUGCAGGGGCCCCUCGUCGGAGCUCGGAUCCCAGAACGAGAUGUCGAUGUUGGGGGAGACUCUGGAGGACAUGUCCCUGUCGUCCACCUCGUCCCUGGAUCAUCACGACACGAGUCAAGAGUACAUGGACGACUUCGACAACCUGGGUAACGGAGGAGUGGGGAUGCUGCUGACCUCGUGCGCUCAGAACGACGACGAGGACUCGGGUCUGGACCGGUCCCGUUUCCACGACGACGAAGACAGGGUGGUCGUCAACGGCGUCUCCACGGCAACGGAGCUGUGUUUCCUCGACGACGGGCUGGACUGGAAUCACAUCAGACUCGCCGGAGACAGGGAUCAUCCUCUGCGGAGACUUGGUCGUCGGAGGAGGUCGAGUCACAGUCAGUGCGGCUCUUCUCUGGACCUGUCUCCGUCCGACAGCUGUGGCUCUGGGGGAACCUUUCUCUGGGACGAGGAGGUGGAGCCUCUAGGGGGCGCCGUCCCCAUCCCGGCUCAGUCCCCGGACCAGGUCUCGGCCCGGACCAACUCUGGACUCCACCAAAACCAGGUCCAGACCAAACCGAGACUAGACCGGACCGACUCGCUCCACGUGGGAAGUCUGCACUCGGACAUCAGCAGCCUCGACGCGUUAAACGACCUGGAGUCAUGUGACCUGGAUGAAGAUGACCUGAUGUUGGACGUGGAUUUCCCUGAGGAGCACUCGCUCACCAGUGACGGAGGGACCCACAUGGCCGAGUGGAGGAGGAGGCAGCUGUGUUGGGGAACCGCAGACAGUGAGUUUCACACGGACAAAGUGAGCGAGGAGCAGCAGAGCAAGAGGAAGGAGUCCGAGCUCAGUCUGGACCUGUGCCUCAGCAGUGUGAAGUGUCCUGAUCUGGGUGUGGACGUGGAGGAGCUGGUGGACGACUGUUCUGCCGUCAAAUCUCAACUGGAAUAUCUGCAGAAACUGCUCCUCCUGCAGGAGGACGAUGCAGAUGAAGACACACUGACCACAGACACAGGACUACCAGGACCAGACCAGCUUUUACACUGUUCUCAGUUCUGUUCUGUUUGGGUGGAGUGUCUAGACUCUUUUUUGUGCCGUGAAGUGUUUAAACUCCAUUUCCCACGAUGCUUUGCUGUUCAGGUGGAGGUGCUGCUACAGGAAGUGCUUCAGCUCCGAGAGGAAGUGAGGAGUCGAGACCGAACCAUCGCUCAGCUCUCACAGCAGCUGAGCGACGCAGCAGAAGUGUCCAGCAGGUGUCGCUGUGGGGACGUGGAGACGACCGAGGUCCAGACUCAGACCAGAGAGAAAGAGACGGAGAGCGUCGCAUCCCAGACGCCCUGGAACACGUCUGCGAUACUUCAGCCCGAUCAGAGUCUCCAGGACCCACUGAUCCACAGCCGCUCCGUCCAAUCAGGAAGCCCGUCUGCCUCUGAAGCCCCGCCCCUCUCCCUGCCCCUCCCCCCCCCGCCGCAGAGGACCAUGGGAAACGCAGUCCUCUCCCCUCCAAGCUCCGCCUCUUCAUGUUCCCCGGCUCCUCCCCCUUCAGAGCCGCCGCCUCCUCCUCGGGCCCCGCCUCCAAGCGCGGCCCCGCCCACUCGCCGGGAAGCAGAGCCAAGCCGAGCCCCGCCCCUUCCUGUCCGUCGCCGUCGUUUUCCCGUCUUCCCAAACCAAAGACUCACUGAGCGCGCGACCCUAAUGCAAUCCAAUGGAAAACGGACGGCCUGAGCUAACCACGCUAAAGCUAACGCAGUUUAUUUCAGCUAAAACCAUGUGCAAUGACUUCUGGGAAAUGUAGGCGGACGCUGACAGGAAGUGACCCAGUUUGUUUGUGGUUUGGGUUAAAAAAACUAAAACUAAAAAAUCUCUAAAUGUCGAGAAACGAACUGAAAAAGAAAAGUUCCUCCAAAAAAUCUGUUAUUUACAAAAGGACUAAACUAAAUCUGGACCAGGACUGAACCAGGACUGAACCAGGACUGUACCAGGACUGAACCAGGACUGAACCAGGACUGAACCAGGACCAAAUGAGGACUAAACCAAGAUAUAAACCAGGAAAGACUAAACCAAGUCUAGAAGAACUGAACUUAACCAGAACUAAACCAGGACUUAACUAGUAAACCAAGAAACCAAGUCUGACACAGGUCUAAACCAGGACUAAACCAGGUCUAAACCAGGACUAAACCAGGUCUAAACCAGGACUAAACCAGGUCUAAACCAGGUCUAAACCAGGUCUAAACCAGGUCUAAACCAGGACUAAACCAGGACUAAACCAGGACUAAACCAGGACUAAACCAGGACUAAACCAGGUCUAAACCAGGUCUAAACCAGGUCUAAACCAGGUCUCGUGUGGCAGGGACCUGGAGCUCGUGGAAAUGAAGCGAUUUGUUCCGUUUUUAAUCUAUGUAAAGUUUUUCGUACAAAUUGGCUUUAAAAAGUUUUAAUGAGAAACAAAAUCCACAGAAUCUGAGUUUGUUUCUGUUUAAUUAGUAAAAAUAUUGAACUGAAAUCGUGUUAAUUAAGACAAAAGAGCCGAAGAUUUAACGAAAGAGUCACAAUUAAAAAAGAAAAAAACGUUUGGAAAAUGAACCGAGGAUCAUCAGGAAGAUUCAGGAAGUUUAACACGGAAAAAAGAAAAAACUACAGGAAAUGUUCAGAAGUAUUUAAAAUAGACCAGGACUAAACCAGGACUAAACCAGAACUAAACCAGGACUAAACCAGGACUAAACCAGGACUAGACUAG